AUGACCUUUGCUUUGCUUAUACAAGAACUCAAAACUUUUUGUAGUUGUUUCUCAUAUGAUAUUAUUUCUCAUGGCUUAUCUUAGAGAAAGGAAGCUCUCACGAUGAAGAAUUUGUUAUCAGAAUGCGAGGCAGUUAUUGAAUUCAUCAGGAUCAAAUGUCCUAACACAAAUAUAAUAUUGCUUGGGCAUAGUUUGGGUGCAGCAAUAGCAUCUAAAAUAAAACAUUAAUCAUAUAUCAGAGGGUUAAUCGUAAUUGACAUGAUUGAAAGUAAAGCCAUCGAAAGCAUCUAAAUAAUGGACUAUCAAUUAAGAAAAAGGCCUAGUCUGUUCAGUUCGUAUUCGAGUGCCAUAAAUUAUCAUUUAUAUAAUAAUUUAAUACGGAACCCCAUUUCAGCUUAAAUAACAGUUCCUCAUUACUUAAAUGACAAAUUGGAAUGGAAGGUAGAUCUCAUAGGAACAAAGCAAUAUUGGGAAUAAUGGUUCGAAGGAAUCUAAAAUGGAUUCGACACCUUCCCUUAUUAAAAAAUGCUGUUCAUAGCUGAAAGUGACAGGAUACCAACAGAUCAGUUCCUCAAAUCGAGAUAUCCAAUCCAUUUGUUUGAAAAGUCAGGACACAAUAUUCAUGAGGAUGAACCUAUUAGAAUGGCCAAGCACAUUUCUGAUUUUCUGUAUCAACAGAGAGUGCCUAUGAAUUCGUCUGAAACAGAGAAACUGAAACAAUUGGGAAUAAUUGGUUUUAGACCCAAAGUAUUAUAAUAUAAGAUUGAAUUAAAAGAUAUCAUUUGA